CAUCCCAGGUCAAAAGGUCUCUUGCAAAGAAAAGAAAAGAGACAAAAUACAAAGCACGCAGCACGUAAAAGCUACUCCCAUUCAUCGGUAAUUCUGAAUCCCAAACCUAGAAGAUCACCAAUCCCCCGACGGCACCCACCUAUCGCGAUGGAUGCCACAUCGCCGGACUCCGGUGACCUCAUCCUGGUCGAGCCGGCGAAGCCGGGGUCCCCGGUCGCCGUCGUGACCAUCAACCGGCCCAAAGCGCUGAACGCGCUGACGCGGCCUAUGAUGGUGUCACUGGCGGCGGCGUUCCGGCGGCUGGAUGCCGACGACGGGGUGGCGGCGGUGGUGCUGGCGGGGCGCGGGCGCGCGUUCUGCUCCGGCGUUGACCUGACUGCUGCGGAGGAGGUGUUCAAGGGGGACGUGAAGGAUCCCGCCGCCGACCCCGUUGUACAGAUGGAGCGCUGUCGUAAGCCCAUCGUCGGCGCCAUCGCCGGAUUCGCCGUCACCGCUGGAUUUGAGAUCGCCCUCGCUUGCGACAUUCUAGUCGCCGGCCGCUCCGCUAAGUUCAUCGACACCCAUGCUAAAUUUGGGAUAUUCCCUUCUUGGGGUCUUUCGCAGAAGCUUUCUCGUAUCGUUGGACCGAAUAGAGCACGGGAAGUGUCAUUAACUUGCAUACCUAUCACAGCUGAAAUGGGGGAGAAGUGGGGGCUUGUUAACCAUAUUGUGGACGAUAGCCAGGUGCUGAGUAAGGCAAUAGAGGUCUGCGAGGCCAUUGCAAGGAACAAUCGCAACUUGGUUGUGUUGUACAAAUCAGUUAUAAAUGAUGGGCUCCAGCUGGACUUGGAACAUGCUCGAGCUCUUGAAAAGGAACGGGCUCAUGACUAUUACAAUGGCAUGACAAAGGAGCAAUUCGCAAGUAUGCAGAAAUUUAUACAGGGCCGGGGUUCGAAGCCACCAUCAAAGCUGUAGAUGAUAUGCUCUGUACCACUGUAUGUAUUGAAAUAUCAAUGUACCGUAUACAUCCCCUAGUGAAAAUGUUCGAUAACCUGAAAAAAAUAAACACUGCCAAGUGAAAAUGUUGGAUAACCUGAAAAAAAAAUAAACACUGCCAAUGCUGCAUACACAUGUACUUUCUUCGUAUUUGCUACUGGAUGAGUACUAUCUUCACUACGAUAAGCAUAACCUAUGCUGCA